AUGUCGCAGAGAGUCAUCGUAGUCGGUGCCGGCUUGUCCGGUUUGAGCGCCGCACAUUCCAUCUACCUGGCUGGUGGCAACGUCGUUCUGCUUGACAAGAACAACUUUAUGGGAGGAAACUCCACAAAGGCCACCUCGGGUAUCAACGGUGCCCUGACGAGGACACAAGUCGACCACAAGAUCGAGGACAGUGUGAAGCAGUUCUACGACGACACACUGAAGUCCGCGCGAGACAAGGCUCGUCCAGAUCUGAUCAAGGUCCUCACAUAUCAAUCCUCAGCUGCCGUCGAGUGGCUGCAGGAUGUCUUCAACCUCGAUCUGACUCUUGUCUCACGGCUGGGUGGUCACUCCCAACCCCGUACUCACCGUGGCCACGAUGCCAAGUUCCCCGGUAUGGCCAUCACAUAUGCCCUGAUGCAACGAUGGGAAGAGCUAUGCGAGUCUGAGCCAGAGCGUGUUGCGCUUAUCAAGAAGGCCAAGGUCACCAAGGUCAACAAGGACGGGAACAAGAUCACUGGUGUGACCUACGAGUUUGGUGGUGAGGAGACCACGCUCGACGGUCCAGUCGUCCUCGCCACCGGUGGUUAUGCUGCCGAUUUCAGUGACUCUUCUCUUUUGAAGAAGCAUCGUCCAGACACCUUUGGUCUUGCCACGACCAACGGCCAGCACGCCACUGGUGAUGGACACAAAAUGCUGAUGUCGAUUGGUGCCAACGGCAUUGAUAUGGACAAGGUCCAGGUCCACCCUACCGGGCUUGUAGACCCCAAGGACCCUGGUUCCAAGUGGAAGUUCUUGGCUGCCGAGGCUCUGCGUGGUGAGGGAGGUCUUCUCCUUAAUUCCAAGGGCGAGCGCUUCUGUGACGAGCUCGGACAUCGUGACUACGUGUCCGGCAUGAUGUGGGAGCAGAAGGAGAAGGGCAACUGGCCCAUCCGCCUCGUGCUCAACUCGAAGGCCUCAAAUGUCCUCGACUUCCACACGAGGCAUUACUCUGGCCGUGGCCUCAUGAAGAAGAUGUCUGGCAAGGAACUUGCAAAGACAAUCGGCUGUGGUGACGCUGCUCUUCAGAAGACAUACAAGACAUAUAAUGCCAUCGCUGAGGGCAAGGAGAAGUGCCCAUGGAACAAGAAGUUCUUCCACAAUCUACCAUUUGACAUCAGCGACACCUUCCACGUUGCCGAGAUGGAGCCAGUGCUCCACUUCACCAUGGGUGGUAUCGAGAUCAACGACAAGGCCGAGUGCUUGAACUCUGAGGGCAAGCCAUUCGACGGUCUAUUCGUCUGUGGUGAGUUGGCAGGUGGUGUCCACGGUGCCAACCGUCUCGGUGGAUCCUCCCUUCUCGGAUGCGUCGUAUACGGACGUGUUGCCGGUGCCUCUGCCAGCAAGUACCUCUUCCAAAAGGCACUUACCGGAGGCGCGUCGUCCGCGUCUCAGCGUCUCGGCCAAAUCUCUCUGCACAUCGACCCCUCGCAACCUGGCCGCGUGACCGUCGACUGGAGUGGCUCAUCAGGCACCGGCGCCUCCGAUGCCGUAGCACGACAAUCCCAGACCUCGGCCGGCCCCAUCUUGAAGGCUGGUGCUGACAGUGCUGACCCGGGCAAGGUGUCCAAGCCCAGCGCACCAAAGGAGUUCAAGAUCCCCGAGCGGGAGAUUUCGCUCGAGGAAGUGGCCAAGCACAACAAGAAGGACGAUCUAUGGAUCGCCGUCAAGGGUAUCGUGCUUGAUCUGACCGAGUGGGUAGACGAGCACCCCGGCGGUCCCCAGGCGCUAUAUAGCCACAUGGGCAAGGACGCCAGUGAGGAAUUCGAGAUGCUACACGACGAUGAGGUUAUUCCCAAGUACGCGCCCGAAAUAGUCAUCGGCCGCGUCAAGGGCCAGAAGAUCACCCUGGACCCGUGAGCGUACUGCUGCUGCUGCUGUAUGCUUAGCCAGGGUGUUAUAAAUUGUAAAAAAAAGGGGGAGAGGGGAAGAAGUGUCUGUGUCUUCGGGUUUACGAAUGAUCUCGACUAUACAUCUUUUCAUAGCUGGCUGUAUUUUAUUACAUUUUGGCCGGGGGGUUCACGUCGCGUCGCAACGUAUCUUUGUAUUCGCAAGUUACUAGAUGGCAAAUGAAUGAAAACUUUUUUUAGAAUGAGUUUUUCUUGAAUCGUUUGUUUCUUGGUAGUGAAUU